AUGCACGGAGCCGCGGACCUGAUCCUCGGCACCGGCGCGGCCGAGUUCACGCUAGAGCGGACGCUGUCCCCGCCGGACAUGGCCCCGCGGAUGGCCGUCCACGACGUCUCGUGCUACUCGUCGUGCGCUGAGACGCCAGUGGCGGGUGCGGCGGUGGCCGCCACCAGGCCGCUCGGGUCGCAGACCUCGGUGCUCGACGACGACACGCGCAGUCCGGCGUCCCCCAGGCGAGGCACGCGCGGGGCCAGCGAGCGCCGCAGCAGCGAGCGCCGCAGCAGCCGCCCUCUGAUGCCUGCUGCUGUGGUGGCGCGGCUGCGCGCCCACGGCAUCGCGUCGCCGAUGGAGGCGUCGCCGACCGCUGCGCACUGCGGGGGCCACAUCGUGGGGCCGCUGCCGGCGGUGGGGUCGUCGACCCAGCUGCUGCGGGGCGCCCUGCUGCGCCACGCCACGCACGCGUCGAUGGACGAGCUGACGGGGCCGCCCCCGUCGGAGCAGCGUGCCAGCAUGCCUUCGAUCGGGCUGGACGGCUCGGAUGCGCCGGCGUACUGCAGCACGCCGGACGCGCCCUGGAUGCAGGCGGCGUGCGAAGCGCACGCGCAGGCGCACUGCUCCAGCGAGGAGCGCAAGGCGCAACACGCGGCGAGCAGCGCCGCGGCCGAGCGGCGGCUGCCCCGGGAGAAGCGCGCGUCGACCCCGCUCGGCGUGCGCGGCCCCGGCGGCCCCGGCGGCCUGCGGCGCAUGCAGACGGCGGUGGUGCCGUCCCUGCCGCAGUCCUUCUACGGCGACUCGCGCCCGGGCGUGAGCGUCAACGGCAGCUCCUGUGGGUGCAGCGGCGUCGACGUGGCCUUCGAGAAGCAGCUCGGCCCGCGCUCGAACCGCCGCACCGUCGGCGCCACGAACAAGAUGCCCGACCAGGGCCGCCGCCACGCCCCCUGCGCGCGCGUCAGCUGCGGCGGAGCCGUCGUCCCGGUCGACGCGACGACGCUCGGCGACAGCGGCGUGGGCGCGAGCAACACCGCGUCUCAGACGGUCUCCAACAACUACCAGGAGAUGCUCGACGGCAGCGACGCGGACGGGCGCCAGGACAAGCCGCCCCGCGGGUACACGUCCGCGAAGACGUCGCUCGAGAACUCCCGCGAGGAGCGCCCGUACGACGGCCGCCCCGGCCCGCCGUGCAAGGGGCGCUUCCACGCUGCCCGCCCGCUCCCUCUUCCCCCCACCGCCCUCCCCGCGCCCCGCGGCAACGGCCGCAAGCCCGGCGUCGGCUGCCUCGGAUGCUUUCGCGCGUAG